GAAGGGCGGUGCCAAGGAGCCAAGUGAGGAGCCUGGCCCGAGUAAUGGCCCCGGGCGUCCUCGCGGGGGUGGUCUCCGUGGUGGCCGGGCUUGGGGACGCCGUAGGCCGAGAACUCCACCGGGAGAGGUGGUGUGGGUGGAGCGGGCUCGGCGGCCAGCAGACACAGGGCCAGUCUGGGUGCCCCGGAGACCCCCAAGGGCUCAGAGUUGGGGCGGCGCCCCGGGCGGAGGCACAGGGCCGGGCUGGGGGGUAUCUCCCGAGGACCCGGGCUCCUCGGAACCACCCAGUGGGGAUGUGUGGGUGCCUCGGGGCCGGCCCCCUGCAGCGGCCGCAGAGGUGUUGGUGUGCUGGGCCGGGGGCAGCUGGGUGUGGCGUGAGUGGGGCCGCCCAGUCGGGGCAACUGCAGUGCAGCCAGAUAGGGUCUGGACUUUGCGUAAAGGGACAGGCGGGAACUGAAGAGCGGAGGUGGGGACUGGGAGGGAGGGAAGGUAUGGGGGUGAGCAAAGGGGCGGGGCCCUGGCUGCUGUGGCCUCCCCUGACCCCCUCCCCCCGCUGCUGGGGUCCUCGGCCAAGCCCCCUUCUCACUGGACUGGCGGUCGGUCGGGGUCUGUGCCCACAGAGACAUGAGGCUGAGCUGGGUCCGGGUCCUGACAGUACUGUCCAUCUGCCUGAGCGCCGUGGCCACGGCCACGGGGGCCGAGGGCAAAAGGAAGCUGCAGAUCGGGGUCAAGAAGCGGGUGGACCACUGUCCCAUCAAAUCGCGCAAAGGGGAUGUCCUGCACAUGCACUACACGGGGAAGCUGGAAGAUGGGACAGAGUUUGACAGCAGCCUGCCCCAGAACCAGCCCUUUGUCUUCUCCCUUGGCACAGGCCAGGUCAUCAAGGGCUGGGACCAGGGGCUGCUGGGGAUGUGUGAGGGGGAAAAGCGCAAGCUGGUGAUCCCAUCUGAGCUGGGGUAUGGAGAGCGGGGAGCUCCCCCGAAGAUUCCAGGCGGUGCAACCCUGGUGUUCGAGGUGGAGCUGCUCAAAAUCGAGCGACGAUCUGAGCUGUAACCAGACUGGGGAGGGGCAGGGGGAGAGGCCCCCAUCAGGGACCAGACUGUUCCAAAAAAAAAAAACAACCAAAAAACAAAAACAAACAAAAAAAACCACUUAAAAGCCCAA